AUGAAAAAAAAUCCUAAUGAUAAAAAAUGUGUAGAUCAAAAAUCAAAAUUAAUAGACCAUAAUGACCACGAUGAAACAAGUAAUGAAUGUGCAUAUAUAAAUAGGGAAGAUAUUGAUACAAAUCUUAUUAAUAAAAAAAUGUGUAUGCUCUUAAAACAAUACAAAAUAGAGAAUAUUAAAAAAAGAAAACACUUUAAUUUGAUAUUAUUAUUAAAAAAAAAAAAAAAAAGUUUAAAAAAAAUAAGAAAAAACAAAAAAAAUAUCUUAAUUAAUGACUAUUUAAACAUAUUAAACUCAGAAAAAGAAUAUUCAAAUAAAUAUGAACAAGAUAAGUUAUUUUUAAAUAAUAUAAAAAGAUAUGAUAAUAAUAAUAAUAAUAAUAAUGAAUUAUUAAACGACGGAUCAUAUUCUAUUUUUUUUUACAAUGUUUUUAUUAAUGGAUUAUAUAUAAAUAAAGACAGUGCAAAAAUAAUUAAGUCUACAGACAACCAAAAUUUAAAAAAAAAAAAUUCAAUCAAUAAUAAUAAUGAUAAUUAUGAAGAACUGUGUCAAAAUUAUUCAAACAAAACCAGUAAUUUAAAAAAAAAAAUUUUUUUUUUUAAUGGCCAUCAGGAAAUAUUAUCCAUAGUAGAUUAUUUUAAAAUACUCCUAAAUAGUUUGCAAAAUGAAAAUAUAACAACUAAAUGCUUUCAUUUUAUUGAAUAUGCACAAAUGCAGGAAAAUAAAGAAAAACAUAAUAUUCCCUAUUUACAAAGUUAUGAUAUAGAUAAUAAAAAAAACGAACAAUCAGUUAUUUCAUAUGGUAUUAACUUAUUUACUGAUAAAAAUUUAUUAAAUUCUAAUAGCAUUAAAGAUACUGUCAAUAUAUUACCAAAUAAUAAUUGUGAAAAUUUUCAAUCACAUUCUACUCAAAAUAUAGGUACAUAUGAAGAUAAAAAUGAAAACCCAAUAAAAAUAAACGAUGGAAAUUUUAAUAAAAUUUUAAACACUUUUAUGUCUGAAUUAAAAGCAUUUUUCUUUUCAAUUAUUUCGAAAGUAUCAUUAUCUAAACUUAUUGCUAAAUUAAUAGUAAUAUUUUCAAAAGUUUGCUUAUUAUUAACUCCAUAUUAUCUUAAUACAACUUAUUUUAUUGAAAUUUUAACUGAUUUUGCAAAUAUAAUUCCGAUUAAGUUUAUAAAAUAUUUUGUCAAUUUCUUUAUAAAAAAUAAAAAUGAUUUUAUAUCUAAAUAUAAACAAUUCCAAAAUAAUGUUAUUUUUAAUGAUGUCAUCAAAAUACAAACAAUCGGAGCAAAGUUAAUUGGUUUUAUUAAAAUAUUACAAAAAAAAUGUAAUAAUAAUGAAAAAAAAGAAUCUCAAAAUAUAUUUUUUCUAAAUAUAAUGUUAUCUGAAUGCUUGCCAAUUAAUCACUUAGGAUUUUGCAAUAGACAGUCUUUAAAAAAUAAUCUUAAUUUUUUUUUUUACGACUCUUUUAAAUCUCAUGUUUAUGCAACAAAUGAACACUCUGUUAUUUAUGAUCAAUUCCAAUUAAGCAUUAAAAAAAAUAUUGGAAAUUAUGAACAAUUAAAAAAUAUUAUUCGUUCCAAAGUACAAAAUCAAUUAUUCCCAAGUGAAAGUUUAAAUCAACAUGACCAAACUAGUGCAUAUCAAUUGAAAUAUAACGAAAUUUAUAAUCAUAAUAAAAAUCAGGAAACACAAAAUGAAUAUAGUAUAAUUCAUUCAAAUAACACAUCUGCAUCUAUUUUAGAUGCUCAGAUGGAGUCUGAGCAAAAUGAACCAAAUCCUGUUAAAAAAAAUAUCGAAGAAAAUAAUGAAAAUCAAAACUGCACCCAUAAAAGAAAAAUAAGCGAUAUAGCUCUAGACGAUUUAAACCCAGAGAAAAAUCAAAAAAUAACUUUACAUGAAGAAAUCAAUGUCAAAGAUAAACCAAUUGAAAAUUAUAAUGUAUAUAUUUCAUAUAUCUAUAUUAUUAUGUUUAUAAAAUAUCCAGAAAUGUUCAUUACAGAAGUAAAAACAGAAUUAGAAGACAUAUAUAAUGCAUUUAAAACAUUUUAUUCAUAUACAAAAAAAUUAAAAAAAACAAAUAUAUUAAAUAUAAAUACUAUAAAAGAAUAUCUAUAUAAUGCAAAUUUUGAUUUUUUAGGAAAUAGACAUAUAUAUAAUAUGCUAAUAUAUGAUGAAAAUUUUUUAAACAUAUAUUUUUUCAAAAUAUUUAUGGCAUUAAAUUUUUUAAAUUGCGAACUUAAUAUAUUAAUGAAAAAAAAAAUAACAAAUAAUCAAGACACAAAUACUGGAAAUAAAAAUCAUAAUACAUUUUCUAAUAACAAUAUUAAUGAAGACACUAAUAUUUCACCAAACAUAAGAAUAAUAAAAUUAAAUCAAAAAGAUAUGAAAGAAAAUAUUAACAGUAAUACAAGUACUACCACAAUUUCAAUGAAGAAUAGUCAUGAUAGUAAAAAUAUAAAAUCUAAAGAUCUCGAUACAAAAAAUAAUUCACAAAAUAAUUCCAAAAAUAUUAAUAAAUUUCAAACUUGGAAUAUAAACGAAAAUAAAACAAAUAAUUCAAAAAAAUUUAGCGAAAAAACUAAAGAAAUUAUGUACAAUUUUAUGACAGAUUUAAUUAAUUAUUUAGAGCAUUCGAAAAACUAUAAUCAUUUUAAAUCAUUAUUAUAUACAGAAUAUUGUUGGUAUAUUUGGAAAAAAAAAAUUAUAACAAAGCAAUCUAAAGAUAACUUUGAUACGAAUUUCCAAUUUAAAAAUAUAAGUAUAGAUAUGGUAGAAACAACUAAUCAGUAUCCUGAUAUCGAAAAUGAAGCUAAUAAAUAUAGUAAAAAAAUAAUAAAUAGUAAUUCACCUCUUUAUAAUUUAAUAAAUAUAAUUGAAAACUAUGAAACAUUAAAUAAUAUAAUGAGCUAUUAUUAUGAAAUAAAUCAAAAUAAUCAAAAUGUUACUAAAAAUAUUUAUCAAUACACAAAAGUUCUAGAUACUAUCCCUUUUGACAAUACAAAUAAUUCCCAAUCUACAUCCUUAACACCCCUUACAAAUAUAACCGAUUCAAAUCAAGUACCCAAAUCAAAUAUUACAUCUAACGAAUUGAAUAACACAUCUAAUAAAAACGCAUCUACUAAUUACACCCUUUUAAAAAAUAUGAACAAUUAUUUACUCGAAAUUAACAAAAUAUAUUUAAGAAGAGAGGGCGAAUUUUGGGAAAUCGAUGAUGAUGAAACCAUUACUAAUUCUAAGAAAAAUGAGAAUGAAAAUAAAUUAUUAAUUGAAAAAUUAAUUGACAAAUUAGAAGAUUAUAAAAAAAAAAUGGAUAUUGAUAAUGAUCCAAUUAAUGAAAUCGAAGAAGAUGAAAAAAGUAAAAAUAAUCCAGUUUUUAAAUUCAGGCUUGCUAAAUUAUUUAUUCUUAAAUAUAUAGAUUUGUAUACUAUUGUAAAAAAUAAAGAAUUCUCAAUUAAUUGUGAUUUCUUAUAUAAUUUAAUGGUACAAAUGGAUAAAAAUAUAGAAAAAAAAAAAAAACUUUUAGACAAAAAACAAAUUGAAGAAGAAUCCUCUGAAACAGCUUAA